AGAAGUACACGAUGCUCAUCGAACGGCACCGGCAGAACCAGCAGAACGGAUUAACGGCGUCUGUCCGUGGCGGCAAACCGCCAUCGACGGCGGCGGCGUCRUCGUCGGACCGUUCCUCGUCGCCGCCGCAGACCAAGACGACGGCACCGUCUGGCCCGGCUUUAGGCGACGACGCGGCCGCGUGGAACCGCCUGCUGAUGGACAACGGUGCGGGUGAGAACGAAAACGACGACGGCUACGGGUACGGCGACGGUGAAGACGAUGACGACGACGACGGCGGUGGAGGUUGCGACCGUCGGUUCAGUAGCGUGUCGUUGAACAGCAUCCAAGCCGGUAGCGAUGAAGACGACAAGCUGACGACACACUCGGACGGUGGCGCAGAAGACAUGCGAUCGGGUGACGGUCGGCAGCCUCAGCUGCGGCAGGUGGUGGUCAGCCGGCUGGAGGUGAGCAAGACCAAGGUGAAGCGAAAGCGGCGCAAGUCGUGGACGGGACCGGUGGGCCGGCAGGGCCAGGGCGACGGGACCACCGGUCCGUGCCGCAAGGGCCACAGCCUGGACCAGGGCUACGAGACGACGCACCACCAUCACCAACACCGGGAGUUCGGAAACAGGCUGCACCACCACCACCACCACCAUUACCAUCACCACCACCCGGCGCUGUACCGGUCGUUCAGCAGCAACGCGGGCGGCGACGCGGGUGGCGUGACGUUGUACGACGGUUGCGGUCCGCCGGACGGCGAGACCCCGGUCAACGGCGGCGCCGGUGGCCGUCAGUUCCGGACCCCGUCCGUGGUGGUCAGCGACCACUCCGAGGACCCGGUGUCUUUUUCUUCCAUGUUCACGCUAGACGACCUCGGCGAGUUCGAGUACAGGCCGUCCGGUGAUUGCGGGUUCAACGACUCGUCGUCCGAUUGCAGCGCGGCGAGCACGUGGAGCGCCGCGGGGAGUGUCAUCAGCGUGCUGGACGCAGACUAUUCGCUGCACACUCCCGAGCGCAAGAUAUCCGGAUGCAGCACGUGCAGCACGUUCAGCGGCGCCGAGGAUGAUGACGUUGCAACAGCGGCGGCGGCGGCGGCGGCGGCAGCGGCAGAGACGUUCGGCCAGUCCAAACCGAAGCCAAAG